AUGAAGAAAAAAAAGAAUGAUGAUUUCUUGUGUUACAGAGUGCCCCUGGAAGACUCCAGCCGGUAUGGGCCUUCUCCAGAGCUGGUCCAGGCUAGGAUGGCAGUAUCACCAACGGCAGCUGAAAUUCUGGCCCUUCAGGGUAGACAGGAUCAAGAGAAGAUUAUGACAAUGACAAUGGAGCCAAAGGAAGAGGAACAGGCUUGGGGGUAUGAGCCCAGGCUACAUGGGCACCACUCUCCCAGUCAAGAGAUCUUCUGCGGACGCUUCAGGCAGCUCUGCCACCAGGAGACACCUGGUCCCCGGGAGGCCGGGGUGCUCUGCUGCGAGUGGCUGAGGCCCGACAGGCACACCAAGGAGCAGAUCCUGGAGUUACUGGUGCUGGAGCAAUUCCUGACCAUCCUGCCUGGGGAGCUCCAAUCCUGUGUGCGGGGACAUCACCCUGAAAGUAGAGAGGAGGCUGUGACUGUGCUGGAGGGUUUAGAGAAAGGACUUGAGGAAGCGGGACUGCAGGUCCCAGGCCCUGCACAUGGACUUGCCCAGGAAGAGCCGUGGGAGGAGAAGGCACCUCUGGGAGCAGCCCAGGAGGCUCCAAGCAUCCGGCUCCAGCCUCAGGAGACCCAGCCUUUCCCAGAGAGUGAGCAGGGAUGUUUACAUUUUCCACCAGUUGUUGUGGAAGAUGACCCGGAGCCCAAGGACAGAGGAUCCUUGGCACAACCGCCCAUUACUGGAGUGGAAUCUCAGGUGUUCUCAGAAAAACCCACCACCGGCACCUCUGCAUUUGAAGCUUCUUCUGAAGUUGAGGGUGCUUUAGAGCAGCAGCAGAGAAAUCCCGAAGUGGAGGGACUGAGGCGGUGCCCUGCCCAGGGGAAAAGUUUCGGGUAGUUGGUUGUCACCCAAGGAAAACUCCAACAUGAAUGUCGUGAAUGUGGUAAAGCCUUAUAUAGCUCACACCUUAUAAUCCACCAGAGAAUUCAUUCUGGAGAGAAGCCCUUUAGGUGUAGUGACUGUGGGAAAACUUUCAAUCAGAGCUCAAACCUCAUUCAGCGUCAGAGAAGUCAUACAGGAGAGAAACCCUAUGAAUGUAGUGCAUGUGGAAAGUCCUUCAGGUGGCGUGCCCGUGUUGUUCAGCAUCGGAGGAUUCAUUCAGGAGAGAAGCCUGAGUGCAAUGAGUGUGGGAAGGCCUCCGGUCAAAGCUCAUAUCUGAGUCAGCAUCUGAGAAUCCACAGGGGAGGGAAACCGUUCGUCUGUAAAGAAUGUGGGAAAGCCUCCAGGUGGAGUUCAGAGCUUAUUAGACGUCAGAGAGUUCAUGCCAGAAAAGAGCCUUCCCAGUGUUCUGAAGGUGAGAAAGUCCCCAGACAGAACUGUCCUUUUGUCUAGUCAAUUUUAGGGCUAGAUUCCGUAAAAGUUAUAAGCACUUUAAGGUUUUUCCUGUGUCUUUCUUGAUUUAGGACAAACUGUUUACCUGCCCCCACCUGCAGAUCAUCACCUCCUGUCCUCUGAGUAAGAGACUGUGUCAGUUAGGAUGCCUUCUGCUUCGAGUGAUAGCCAGAAUGCCUCCUCCGUCAGGGCUCUGGGCCUGGCACAGAGCGGCUGCUCAGCCAGUGGAGGUUUUUCUGUCAGUAUUACUGUGAAUGGGUCUUUGGUCCUGGCC